AUUGUAGUUUCUCAUUUCUCUCGGCUGGCAGCUACCACUUCAACUAUUUUUUCGAGGCACACUUUACAGUAUGUCUAAACAAAGGAGGCAAACUGAAGAUGCUUUAGUUUCGGAUGAAGAGGAAGAAGAAAUUGUCCCUACAUCUGAGAUGGCAUCUGAAGAACUAGUUUCUGAAGAAAAUACAGAGCACGUUGGCCCUCACGACCUUUCUGUCCUACAGGCGUCUGGGUGUGUCACUGCGGCUGAAAUAAGGCGACUUCAAGAUGCCGGCUAUUACACUUGUGAGGCGAUUGCUAUGGCUACAAAGAGAGAAAUUCUUGCCGUCAAGGGAAUUGGAGAGAGCAAGGCAGACAAGCUUUUAGCUGAAACGUCUAAGUAUAUCACCAUGGGCUUCGUGACAGCUACCGACAUGCAAGCUACAAGAAACGAAGUGAUUCAAAUUUCCACGGGUUCAAAAGAGUUAGACCAACUGUUAGACGGCGGUGUCGAAACUGGAAGUAUCACGGAAAUCUUUGGUGAAUUCAGAACUGGUAAGACACAAUUAUGUCAUCAGCUCUGCGUGACCUGCCAACUCCCCGUAGAUCAUGGCGGCGGCGAAGGAAAGGCCCUAUAUAUUGACACUGAAAAUACUUUUCGUCCAGAAAGGUGCCUAGCUAUUGCAGAGAGAUAUGCUCUUCGGGGUAGUGACGUGCUGGACAACAUUGCGGUUGCCCGUGCUUUUAAUUCGGAUCAUCAGACUAAGCUUUUGAUGCAAGCAGCGCAAAUGAUGGCCGAUUCCAGAUUUGCAUUGAUCGUCGUUGACUCCGCAACGGCUUUGUAUCGUACUGACUACAGCGGCAGAGGACAGCUGUCUGAUCGCCAAAUGCACUUAGCCAAGUUUUUGCGAUCUUUGAUGAGAUUGGCGGACGAGUUCGGAGUUGCUGUGGUGAUCACAAACCAGGUGGUAGCGACUGUAGACAGUGGCGCGGGAAUGUUCGCCGGGCCCCAAUUAAAGCCAAUAGGGGGAAACAUCAUUGCGCACGCGUCGACGACGAGGUUGUAUUUGAGAAAGGGAAGAGGAAAUUCUAGAAUCUGCAAAAUUUACGAUUCUCCCAAUCUUCCCGAAUCAGAGGCCGUCUUCGCAAUUGAAGCAGACGGCAUUCAAGAUGCCAAAGUCGAUAUUUAA